UUUUUUUUGAUUUAACACUGUAUGUUACUUUUUUUUUUCUUUCUCAAUUUCCUUUUUGCUUUCUUGUCUUUUAUUUGUACAGUUGUGUGUCAAAUGAAUAAUGGAAUACCACCUAACUCGUCUCCCUCACUUGCCAAUCCGACGCAACCUGUUAGUCGACAAGGUACACCUCAAUCUUAUCGACCACCAACCAACCCUAUGAUGCAUCAACAAUCUCCAGGACGACCUACCCAACAAACCUUUGUCCCGCAACCAGCUGGUGCUUUACCUAUCCGUCCGCAAACACCACCAUUGCCAGUAGGUCAUCCACAGUAUGCCACCCCGCGCCCACAAUUUCCAACUGGAUUUGUUCAACAACAACAACAGCAACAACAGCAACAUUUACAGCAACAUUUACAGCAACAUUUACAGCAACAUCCUCCAGUUCCUAUUCCUCCUUCUCAUCAAAUGCAACAACGACCACCUUCACCUUUUGGUAGUCAACAACAUUCUGGCCGUGGUGGAAUGUCUCCUUCGGUAGUGUCUGUACCUGUUGCCAACUCACCAGCUGCUCCCGUUCAUCAACUUCAAAGUAUGACACCUCGACAAGGCUCACCUGUGCCCAGCCAGCAAGCUCCUUUGCAGACAGAGGGAUCCUUUUCUCAACCUCAGCAAUCAAGGCCUGGUCGUAGUAAACGUGUUUACCCUACUCAAGGUAUCGAAACAGCCAACAAUAUUCCACCUACUCCUCCACCGAAAACAGAACCUGCUAUACAGUCACUCAAUUCAGCUCCUCAACAGCUUCAUUCACGACAAGCAGCCGCUCAGUAUCAACACAAUCAACAACAACAACAACAGCAACAACCUCACGGUGGAUACCCCUAUCGACCAAUAACACCAACCAGUAUCGUCGGAGCAACAACCCCAGGACCUACCCCACCACCAAAGAACAAAAUUGAUCCUAAUCAAAUUCCUGCUCCUACAACUGCACAAAUGAAAGAUCAAGAUCUUUAUCAACAACAAGAAUAUGGAACGUGUUCCAAAGAACCAAUGCCACUAGCUUGUACGGAUUUCAAAGUGAUUGAUCAAGGAAACAGCAACCCACGAUUCAUUCGUAGUACUCUCAAAGAAAUUCUCAAAACUGCCGAUUUAUUACGUGAUACCAAGUUACCCUUUGGAUUAGUAGUUCAACCUUUGGCGAAAUUGCAUGCUCAAGAUCAACCUGUGAUUUUUGCUCCCACUACUGAAGAAGGCCCUGUUCGAUGUCUCCGAUGUAAAGCCUAUAUUAAUCCAUGGUGUACCUUUAUUGAUGCUGGACGAAAAUUCACCUGUAAUCUUUGCGGAUUUGAUAAUGAUGUACCUGCCGAGUACUAUAGUCCUUUGGAUAUGACAGGAAGACGAAUGGAUAUGGAUCAUAGACCUGAAUUGCAACGUGGUACAAUUGAAUUCCAAGUACCAAGGGAAUAUUGGACAAGAGAACCUUCUCCUCUUCACAUUGUCUUUGCUAUCGAUGUCACUUGGAGUGCUAUUCAAAGUGGAAUGCUACAAACGUUUUGUGAAGCCCUCAAGACAAUCCUAUAUCAAGAUAACAAACUAGAUCCUCACAUCAAGAUUGCCAUUCUAACCUAUGAUACUACUGUUCAUUUCUACAACUUGAAUUCGUCUUUAGCUCAAGCAUCCAUGCUAGUCGUAUCCGAUAUUGAUGAUAUAUUUCUUCCUUUGCAUGAUGGCGUCUUUGUAAACCCUCAAGAAUCACGGUCUAUUAUCGAAGAACUAUUGGAUUCCUUGCCUAAUCUUUUUGCUGAUAACAAGAAACCCUCAGCUGUAUUUUCACCUGCAAUCAAAAGCACUUUAGCCUCUCUGAAAUCUACUGGUGGAAAGGUUUGUAUCUUCCAAACUCUUCUCCCAACCUAUGGACCUGGUUCUCUGAAAAACCGUGAUGAUGUCAAACUGUAUGGUACGGAUAAGGAAAAGCAGCUGUAUACCCCACAAGACAAUGCUUAUUAUGAUUUAGGAAAAGAAUGUGUUAUGAAUGGCAUUUGUGUUGAUCUCUGGCUAUUCCCUCUUCAAUCAUAUGUUGACGUUAGUACUCUCGGUAUCUUAUCUGCUCUGACUGGUGGUGAUACCCAUUAUUUCCCUGACUUUGACAAGACUCGAUCUGGUCAUAUAUUUGUAUCUGAUUUGGCACAUAGCCUGGAACGAGAACAAGGAUAUAAUGGUGCUCUACGUCUUCGAUGUUCAAAUGGUCUUGUUGUUAAAGAUCAUUACGGAAACUUUUAUAUGGACAAUGCAACUGAUAUCGAACUGGGUGGAAUGGAUGCAGACAAAUCAUUUGGAUUUUCUAUUGGUUAUGAUGGUAAAUUAACUGACAAUGGUGAAGCUUACUUCCAGUGCGCUUUAUUAUACACUACGCAAAAAGGUGAACGACGGGUUCGUGUACACAAUCUAUCUAUUCCAGUAUCAACUACUGUUGGAGCAACUUUCAAGCAGGCCGAUUUUGAUACUGCCAUUAACUUGAUCACAAAACGAGUUGUAACGGAUACUGCCAAACGGGAUAUUGAAACGAUUUCAAAAAAUUUAGACAAGGAAUGUGUCAAUAUAUUGACAGCUUACCGAAAAUUCUGUGCUUCAUCAGCUGCUCCAGGUCAACUCAUCUUACCAGAAUCCUUCAAAACACUUCCUUUAAUUGGACUAUCAUUGAAGAAAUCGCAAAUUUUACGAAAAGACUUGUCUUUGAAAGCUGACUAUCGUGUUCAUUGUAUGCGCAAAUUGAAAAGUAUGGGUAUAGCUGGUACAACAAAAUGGUUUUAUCCUACGAUGAUUAAGUUAGAUUUAUGGGUGACACUUAAUCCUGAAAAUGGAAGCUAUACGAAUAUAUGGCCACUGGAACGACUCUCUUAUUCACGACUAUCAAGUAAUGGUAUCUAUUUAAUUGAUACUGAUGAUACACGAUAUAUUUGGGUUGGAAACAAUAUAUCAAAAGAAAUACUUGAAGGACUUUUUGGUGUAGUUCAGUUGGAUCAAGUGAAUCCUCAUAUGGUUGAAUUACCAAAGUUGGACAAUGAUUUAUCACGACGUUAUCAUAUACUUUUGGAUGGAAUUAAAAAACAAAGAAUAUGGGCACCUAGGCUUUACGUGAUUCGUCAAGGUAUGGAUAUAGAAAACGAAUUUAUCAAGAUCAUGGUAGAAGAUGAAACAUUUGGUCAAAUGAAUUAUGUGGAUCAUCUUUGUCUUAUUCAUAAACAAAUUCAAACGGAACUGGAGAAGGAUAAGCAAGAAACUUUUGUAGCUAGUACUAGUUAUUGGGCCCAUAGAUAUUAGAAUAAUAAAAAAAAAAAGGAUAUUUUAUAAUAAAGAUAUAUUUUAUACCAUCUUGUGGUUGCAUGAAAAA